AUGCUCUCCAACCACGUCUUCCACCUCGCCAUUCUCGGCCUCGCCAACUCCGCAGCCGCCUUCACCUUCUACCAAAGCUGGGGCAACCCGCCCAGCGACCCAUCCAAAUGCAGCCGCGGCGCGCCGGGCGACUUCCUCGUCGACGGGCACUACUUUCACCUCGGCACGGGGUGCACGGUCGACGGCAACCACAAGGACCAGUCCAUGAUCGUCAAGGCCGGCGACGGCGACGCGGCGCUCGUGGCUGUCUUCUUCAGUAGUGACGACUGCGACCCGGACACGAUCAUCGCCGUGCUGGACGAGGCUACCGAGAUUGACGGGAAGACGGGGUGUUUUGAUGGCAAGUAUGGUAGCUUUGACGUUUGGAGCGUUUGCGAGGAUGGAGGGUUAUCUUGUCCUGGUGUUUGA